AUGGAUGGUGGAGGAGGAGGCCGGAUUCCGUACGAUGAUUACCCAGUGGUGUUCCUCCCUCCCUAUGAGAGCCCUCCUGUGUGGAUACCUCCUCAUGAGAGAAUCUACCAUUCGGAUUAUAACAACGAGCUGACCCAGUUCCUGCCCCGCACAAUAGUGCUGAAGAAGCCCCCUGGGGCUCAGCUGGGCUUUAACAUCCGGGGAGGGAAAGCUUCUCAGCUUGGGAUCUUCAUCUCAAAGGUGAUCCCAGAUUCAGAUGCCCAUCGAGCUGGACUGCAGGAGGGAGACCAGGUCUUGGCUGUGAAUGACGUGGACUUCCAGGAUAUUGAGCAUAGCAAGGCAGUGGAGAUCUUGAAAACUGCCCGGGAGAUCGUCAUGAGAGUCCGUUUCUUCCCUUAUAAUUACCAGAGGCAGAAGGAGAGGACGGUUCACUAGAAAACUUCUCUGCACAUAAAGUUCACCAGUCUCCAGCCAGAUCUCUCUCUGUG